AUGGAGGAUAAAGAAAAUGCCGGAGAGAACAUAAGUAGCGCUGACGCAGACCCCGAGAUUGAUGUGGCAAAAUCACGGAAAGAAAUUUUUGUUGAGGCACAAGGCAACAAGCUUGAAGACAAAAUAGAAAAACUAGAACACGAAUUGAUACAGUUGAAGGAAGAACAUUUGAAGCUUUCGAAUGAGUUAUCAAGGGAAAAAGGAUAUGUUAAAGGUGUAACCGACGGCUCGUUUAACCAAUCGUUCCAAAAAGAUUACGAUAAAGAAAUGAAACGACAUAUCCGUCAAUUGAAAAAGUACAACGAGUUGAAAGAUCUGGGAAUGGGGAUUAUACAGCUUAUUGCAGAUCAAAAACAGUCCACACUAAGAGGUAUUAUGGAUGAGAUGGGAAUUGAGCCAGAUGAUAAGUAG